CUGAUUGAAGACCAUUCUUCUUUUUUUCAGACCGCGUUUUUCCGCGAACCAAUAGAAUCGUUGUUAUGGGAUGGGUGCCGGGUAACCUUUUACCGCUACCAUGUUGUAGUCGAUGCACCACGGCCAGAAAGUUAUCGUGCUGAUCUUGAAAGUGCAGCUUAUCUGUACGAAGAAGCAGACAAGCAAAAGCUUUGGGGCGAUAUUGCGGCUGCAGCAGAAAGUGGAAGAGACUUCUCAAGUCGGUGGUUUAGUCAAACAGGACCUAUGGCUGGGAAGUUCGAAGGCACAAGGACGAGUGAAAUAAUACCCGUGGAUCUCAAUGCAAUUAUUUGUGGAAAUUUUCUAAUGAUGCGCGAUCUUUACGAUGCAUUAGGCGAUAUUGAUGGCUCAAAAAGCUGUGCUCAAGAGGCUGAUUUGAUGAAACAGACAAUACAUCAGGUUGGUGGACGUUUCAGAUUGGGAAUUCGUUUCUUAUUUUAG